AUGGGGUUCCAUAUUCAUAGAGAAGUAGAAUAUGUUUAUAUUUAUUACAAUUUAACCGAAUAUGCAGCAUGUGGAGUAGUGCAAGAUGCGCCUCUAGAUUUGAGCUGUCGCGGAUCCGAGAAGAAGUUAAGCUUAAUAAGUUCUUCGAAGUUUCAAAGAUGUUUGCCAUGUCAGACGUGUGGCAAGAGCUUUGACAGACCUUCUUUGCUCAAAAGACAUCUUCGAACUCAUACAGGCGAAAAACCGCAUGGUUGUACAGUGUGCGGGAAAAUGUUCAGUACAAGCAGUUCCUUGAACACGCACGUCAGAAUCCACACUGGAGAACGUCCACACGAAUGCCCUAUUUGUGGAAAACGUUUUACAGCUUCGUCCAAUUUGUAUUAUCAUCGAAUGACUCAUUAUAAGGAAAAACCCCAUAAAUGCAAUGAAUGCGGUCGUUCUUUUCCAACCCCCGGGGAUUUAAGGGCCCACGGAUAUUCCCAUAACGGUAACUGGCCGAUGCGGUGUUUGAUUUGCAAUCGAGGAUUCUGUAAACCUGGAGCUUUACAUCAUCAUAUGCAGCUACACACUGGUAAUCGACCAUAUCGCUGUACCACAUGCAAAAAACAGUUUUGUUUAAUCAGUAAUUUACGAUCGCACGAACGGUCCCACGAUCCUGAUAUGACAAUUGGAAGUGCUGUUAAUUACUCAAACAUGGAAAGUAAAGUGUCAACAAUGAGUGCGAUCAGAUUUGACGACGCAAGCAAAAACCACUUGCAAUUUCCUACAAUUUAUUCCUGGACUUCUUGGAUACCUGUACAUUAUCCGAAAUGAACAUGAUCGCAGUGUAAACGUGUUACGAUACAAUUUUUAUCAGUCACCUGUGAAACGAGACCGAUUAAUUACCGAUAACGAUUACCGAUAAUUGUAAGCGUUAUUUACAUAAAAUCAUACGUAGAACAGUUCGAAGCUACAUUAAAGUUGCGACGCUUCUAAUUUUUAAAAGAGUAUAACGAAGGGUAUAAUUAAUAAAGUAUAACGAAUGUACAAAAGAAUGUAAAACUUAAAUCGUACAUAGAUAAUAAAGGGAACGCAGUAUUUGGAAUGGAAUAACUCAUACUUUAUUUUUCUUAAAAAGUACACGUAGAAAAUAGAUUUCUGUAACAAAAGGAACAAUUAAACGUUCUCAUUGCUCGAGUAU